ACUGCCGGAAGAUGAGCAGUAGUUUAGAAAGUUGGCUGCCUGGAGCUGGAAGGGUUUGGUACAGAAGAAGAAGAAGAAGAUAACAAAACGUCACAAAGAGGAGGGAAACACCAAAACAAACCCACCAAUCCCGCCUUCCCACAAACCCCAAAUGCCCGCCUCCAAGGCCAAAACCCUAAGCACCCUAUUCCGCUCCGCCAUCAAGUCCAAAACCUCCUCCUCUUCCUCACCGCUACAUUCACCCGCAGGGAACGCAACCCUGAAACACAUCGUCCCCUCGUUCGACACGUCGUCUCCCACCGCUUCCAUUUCCGGGUUCUCCAAACGAAGCUCCGUUAAGUCUCCCAAAUCUUCGUCUCGCUCCAAAAGCUCUGUGCUCCCCACCCUCCGGCUCGAGGCAGCCUCUGAUUCCGAGGAAUCGACGAAGCAGUUGUCGAAGGAGAUAUCUUCUAUAUUGUGCGGUGGUGCUUCUAUUAGAUCCUCUGGAACUGAUGAUGUAAAAUCUUUAAAAGAAGUGCUGAAUAUACCAUGGUUUUCGAGUUUGUCUCACAAUAACAUAUCGGUAAAUCGGAAAGAAGUAGCUCGUGAAAGGAAACAGAAAUGGAUUUUCAAAAGUACCCAGGUGAAUCGCUUUAACCGCCUAAUUACAAUGUGUGGACAGAAACUGGGAACAGAGACUACUGUACAGGUAUUUGAUAGAUUGGGACGAGAAACCGGCCUCAAAGAAUAUAAUGCAUUAAUAGGGCUAUACAUAGAGAGGGCCAGGACAAGUAAUGAUGAAGACAUUGCAUUAGAACAGAUACACAAGGCAUUUCGAAUUUUCGAAUCAAUGAGAGAACAGGGUUUCCAGCUGGAAGAGGAAACUUAUGGCCCAUUGCUUAUGUAUUUCAUUGACAUGGGUAUGGCAGAAGAAUUUCAUUUUUUCUGUGAAGUUAUCAGAAAAGAGAAUCCAAGUUCACUUUCAAGAUUAGGCUACUAUGAGAUGCUACUAUGGUUGGGAGUCGACAAUGAAGAAAAAAUUUGCGAGCUCUGUAAUUACAUUGCAGUUGAUGAUGGGGGAGAGAAGUCCAAUUUACGAGAGAAUUAUUUGUUAGCACUUUGUGAAAGUGACCGGAAGAAGGAGCUUUUGCAGGUUUUGGAGAUUGUAGACAUAGCAAAGCUUUCGCCGCCAGACUUUGUAGCAAAUAUCUUUAAAUCAUUAGGAAGGCUAUUAUUGGAGUCCUUUGCAGAGAAAUUCCUUUUUGCAUUCAAAACCUGUGAUUGUGAAGCAGAGAAUAUCUCAAGCUUCAUCUUUAGUUAUGUUGUUAGCAUUCCAAAUUUAGCGGUCGAGGAUGUCAUUUCAAAAUUUAAAGACUUCCAUGUGAAAUUGGAAGUGACACCUUCUUCCACAUCAUACAAGGAGCUCAUAACAUAUUGUUGUGAUUCACUCAAGGUGCAUGCUGCUCUUGAUGUAGUUGACGAAAUGUGUGAAGUGGGAAUGACCUUAUCCAUUGAGGUGUUACACUCUAUUUUACAUGCUAGUGAAGAGAGCUAUGACUUCAAUUUGGUUCGCCGAAUUUAUUCAGUGAUUUGUCACCAUGGUAUGAAGCCAACCACUGAAACCUUCAGGAGUAUGAUAAGUUUGUGUGUGAAAAUGAAAGAUUUUGAUAAUGCAUAUGGCAUGCUGAAGGAUUUGGAGAAAAUGGAUUUGAGACCUACAUCCAGCAUGUACAAUGCUAUCAUGGCAGGAUAUUUUCGAGAGAAGAACACAUAUGGAGUAUUGAUGGUCCUCAAGCAAAUGGAACUCGCAGAUGUAAAACCUGAUUCACAGACGUUCAGCUAUCUGAUAAGCAAUUGUGAUCGUGAAGAAGAUAUCAUUAAGUAUUAUGAAGAACUGCAGCGUUUUGGAGUUCAAGCCACGAAGCAAAUUUUCAUGGCACUUAUAAAUGCAUAUGCAACCUGUGGACUGUUUGAGAAGGCAAAGCAGGUAGUCUCAGAUAAAGGAAUUCCAGUGAAGUACCUGAAUGAAAUUAAGAGCGUGCUUGUGUCAGCUCUAGCAUCACAUGGACAAAUGUCUGAUGCCCUCGAUAUAUAUGAAGAAGUCAAGCAAGCUGGAUCCAGUUUGGAGCCUAAAGCUGUUAUACGCCUUAUUGAGCACCUUCAAUCUGAUGGAGAGUUGAGUAGAUUGCUUCAGCUUUUCAAGGAAUUAAAGGAUCUUGACUAUUGGGUUGAGGGUUGCUGCAGAAUUAUCUUAUAUUGUGUUCGAUAUAAGCAUUUAAGUUAUGCUGUUGAUUUGCUCAAGCAACUCAAGGAUAAAUUCUGUGAUGAUGAAUUGGCUAUAGAAGCUCUUUUUGAUGAGGUAUUUUCCUUAAUUGGAGAGUCAGAAUCUACACAUUUGCAGAUUGGAUUGGAUUUGCUUCGAGUCAUCAAGGAUGAGUUUUGCCUCCCUCCUUCCCGGAAAUGUCUUGAUUUUCUUCUCAGUGCCUGUGUCAAUGCUAAAGAUUUGCACAGAUCCCGUCUGGUUUGGAAAGAAUAUCACACUGCUGGCCUUCCUUAUAACGUCCUCAGUUUCCUAAGAAUGUAUCAAGCCUUGUUAGCUUCAGGAGACCAUAAGUCUGCAAAGAUUAUGCUCAAUAAAAUUCCAAAAGACGAUCCCCAUGUUCUUAGUGUCAUCAAAGCAUUUCAAAGAAGUUAUUAUACUGUGUCCAAUUCUGAGGAUGGUAAGAAGAGAAAGAAGAAAAAGAAAGGAAAAAGAGGGGAGAUGAAACAAGGCUUCAAACUGAAGAAUGAAAUUUCUUAAAUUGUGGUGCAAUUUUGUUUACUUGAGAGAUAUCUGUCACCAAGGGCCUCUUUCACUUAUGUCACCUUGUCUGUGAGAGUUGCUAGUCUUAAAUUUAUAAAAUUCGCUGCAACUUUCACAUAUAUAUAUUUUCUUUUGAUCUUCGCCA